ACCUCGACAGGCCGGAAAUGCGAUGGCUAUCGAGCCGACUUGGCAAAUUCCGUGAUUUUGCCAGCUUCUGUCGGCUCCAUCUACUCCCUCACCCCCCAAGCGAGAUCAUUACAGUUCUUUACGGAAAAGACUCUUUCCGGGCUCCAGACCUUCUUUCCAGAUGAUCUAUGGAAUACCAAGAUCCUUCAGGUGGCCCAGUCUACCGAAUGCAUCAGGAACGCGAUCAUCGCUUUGGCUUCAUUCCACGAGCAAUAUCUCAAGCUCACCUCAACCCCACAGUCCGACUCAAAAUUUGGGCUGGGUCAUUACAAUCUUGCCAUCAGACAAUCAAUCUCUUCCUCGAAUGAGGCAUUAUCACCGCCACACAUACCAAUACUCUCUUGUCUUAUAUUCGUCUGCAUCGAGGUCCUCCAAGGCAAAAUUGAAUCAGCCAUCGCCCUCUUCAAGUACGGUAGCAAGAUGAUUCAACAGUAUCAAUCUGAUAUUUGCUCGAUCAAUCAGUUUGGAAACUGCUACCUCAACCCUCGGCUUCGUUCUGAUGCUAUCAUGACGCUACAGCUAGCGAAAGCCUUGUUCAAACGCAUUGCCGUUCAGAUCUACAUGCUCACCGGAGAUGUAGAUACUGAACUUGUCAUUACCUUCAAAAACACGUUUGGGGGCACGUAUCCUCUCCAUGAUACACCCUUCAGAUGCCUUGCCGAGGCACGAGAGGCGCUUCUAGACAUAAUCGUAGAGCAAGCCAGUCCUGGACUCAAAGGACAGGAUGCUGAGCAGCUCAUGUUCCAUUCUGUCAAGAUUAGACAGUGGGGCACUUCAUUCGAUACUCUGAUAGCCAAGGACUACUCUGGCGAGAAACCAAUAAGCGAUGUUGAGCGCAGGGCCAUUGCACUCUUACAAGUGUACCGGCAAUAUCUUGAGAUCAAUGUCGCCAAGUAUGCCUACGGCCAAGGUGACCCCUGCUUCUGGGACCGCUUCACGGCUGAGUUUGGCAACAUGAUCAAUAACGCCGCUAUCGCGACCGGCCUUGACGGCAAGGGAUCAGAUCAAACUUCCAAGCCGCUUUUCCACAUGGACAUUGGUGUUUCUUCAAUCCUCUUUUCCAUAAUAGCAAGAUGUCGAGACCCAGCGAUACGCAGAAAGGCAAUCGGAAUCAUGCUUUCAGACAGGUCUCAGGAAGGUGUUUGGAACUCGCCGCUGGCAGCCCAAGGCGCGAUCAAACUGAUGGAACUCGAGGAAAGUCGAAGUGGAAAAGAAGUCAAGCGCAGUCAAGAUAUCCCUGAAGAAGCGAGAGUACGAACAGUGCGUUUAUAUUUGGAGAGUGGCAAGAGGACAGCCAAGAUGGUAUAUGGGUUUGAUCAGAGUUCUUGGGAGUGGAUGAUACCUUCUUAA